AUGAAUGUGAAGAACGAGUUGUUCAAUAAUAUUAACAUCAGAAUCACAUUUUAUUCUCAAGUUGUCAUUGGGGUCUCAGGCAAUGCCAUCCUCCUUCUCUUCCACGUCAUCAUAUUCCUUGUAGGGCACAAGCCCAGACUCACCGACCUGCCCACUGUCCUCUUGGCUCUAAAUCACCUAGUGAUGCUGCUAAUUGAAGGAUUCAUAACUGGAGACAUUUUUACCUCUCAAGCAGGGUUUUGGAAUGACAUCACAUGUAAGUCAGUAAUCUAUGUGUACGGGUUAAUGAGGGGCCUCUCCAUUUGCAUCACCUGCCAGCUGAGUGUCCUUCAGGCCAUCACACUCAGCCCCAGAAGCUCUUGCUUGGCAAAGUUCAAACACAAAUCCUCAUGUCACAACCUGCGUUCCCUUCUUUUCUUUUGGCUGUUAUACGUAUCUGUUAGCAGUCACCUGGUGUUCUCCAUUGCUGCUACCCCCAAUUUUACCUCAGAAAAUAUUUGGUAUGUCACUGAGUCCUGUGCUUUUAUUCCCAUGAAUUACUUCCUCCGGCACAUACUUUCAACACUGCUGGCCUUCAGGGAAGCCUUCUCUGUAGGUGUCCUGGCCCUCUCGGGUGGGUACAUAGUGACUCUCUUGUGCAGGCAUAAGAAGCAGUCCCAGCAUCUUCACAACAACAGACUUUCUCCAAAAGGAUCCGCAGAACAAAGGGCCACUAGGACCAUUCUGCUGCUUAUGUGUUUCUUUGUAGUCAUGACCAGUUUCGGUACUGUUACCUACUCAAGAAUUGUGUUGAAUAAUAAUCCAAUAUUUUACUGUAUCCAAAUUCUUAUGGCCCAUGGCUAUGCCACAGUCAGUCCUUUGGUGUUCAUCAGUACUGAAAAACGUAUCAUUAAUUUUUUAACAUUCGUAUGUGGAAGACAAUAA